UUUGAAAAAAAAGAGACUCAAUCUAAUCGUGAUAAUAAUAAUAAUAAUAAUAAUAAUAAUAAUAAUAAUAAUAAUAGUGUAUUGUUGAAUAGACUUGAAACGGAAGUAGCCAUAAUUAUUACCACUAAUGUAAAAUCUAUUUCCCUUCUCUUAUUCCCAUAUAAUAUAUAUUGUACACGUAAAUCAGGUGUAAAAUUAUGUUUCUCUGUGAUAUUUCUGUUUUUUUUGCUUCGUUUUUUUUCGUCAGACGACAAUAAAUACUAG